CGUUUGGAAUAAAAGUGAGAAGAAUUUUUUUUUCUUCUAUUUUUCCUUUUAAAGAAAAAAAAACAAAAACCAUCAAACCCUUUCUCUCCAAUAUAAUCUUAAUUGUUUCAUUCUUUUCUUACCAAUACAUCUAAAUAUUAACCUUCGACCUUCACUGGUCAAGUAGAAAUCAUCUAAUCAUCUUCACUCUGACCGGACACUUGAAGUGAGACAAUUUUGUUUACCAUUUUCCAAGUGACUCUUUUUGGAUUGUUAUUGUUUAUAUUAUCCGGUGAGAAGCCAAUUCUUUGAUUGUUGUCCGAUUUGAUUAACCAUCUUCACGUAUUAAAGGUUCACUGACGUUGGAGACAAGAAACAGUGAAGAUCAAAACCAUAAGAAUAAUUUUCGUUUCUCUUUGUUAUUGUUUUUCUCUCAUCAAGUUAAUUGUUACAAUUAAUUUCUCAUCGAUUGUGUUUACCAUUACAUCCAUUCAUUAAUAUCUACAUUUUUCAAGGAAUCCGUGGAUAUCUAAUUAGUUAAUCACUCUGAUUGUUUAAUCAUCUUUCAAGCAAAGAAAAGGAUUUACAAACCAUAACAUCAAUGCCUAAACCGGGAUUUGAUAUUGAUGAAGAAACCAGACCAUAUCGCUCUAAACGAUAUGAGAUGAUAAUUCGGGAAAGUGUUCCCAUUGAAUUACCGCCUGAUGUUGUAAGGUGUGACUCUAAAGUUGAUGAUGGUCUUGGUAACAUUCAAGUUGAUUUAACCAGCAUUCGACAACGAUUUGAAUCAGUAUCAGACGAAAGGUUCAUCUCAUCACCAGUUCCAGAUAAAUCAGCUCUUCAACGAUCAGAAAGCCUUUUAAUACGUUUACAAAGAUAUCAAUCAGCAAUAUCAGGUGAAAAAAUGACUGAAAAAGAAGCCGACUCUUGUUCAUCUUCAGGUGAUUCAAGUGAUGAUGAAGGAGAAUUGACAUUAGUUCGAGAAACUAAGAGAAAAGAAAAGGUUCCCUUUGUUGGGUUAUCUGCUCUUCGAUCUCAAUGGGAAAAUGGUUCAGUUCCUCGUGGUGGUAGUGGUGUUGUUGGUGGUGGGGGUGGUGAAAAUGUUGAUGAACCUGCUCGAGAGGAUAAUGGUACCAAGGAUGAGUUAUACAAAUUACGACAGAGAAUAUGUCUUGGUCGAUCUGCUUCAAUGCGACAAGUUUACGAGAAAGGUGGUAACCUGUCAGUUUCACCAUCACCUAGAACUGAAUCUCUUCAAAUUGAAUCUUCUGUUAAAGCAAUCUCAUUGAAAGAGAAAUUUGAAAAAGGACAAAUUGAAAAUGAUUCAGAUGAUGGACGAUUAGAUAGAUUAAGAAAGGAUAAAGAAGAAGAUCUUAAAUUGGUUACCGAAGCUGAAACAGCCGCUCGUGAGGCUAAAAAUUUAUUCAAACAAAUGGAUGCAACUCUUUCUAAACAAUCAGCUGUUUCACCAAUUAACCAUCAUUAUAAUAACCAUAAUAAUAAUCAUAUUAACAAUAAUAACAACUAUAAUAAUGGACCUCGAAGUAAUCGAGAAACACCAGUACCUGAAACAUUGACCUCAGGUAAACCCAUGGAAGUGAUUAAAUGUAGUGAUCCAAGUGUUAAAGAAGAGGUUGUCAUUGAGACAAAGGAAAUUCAGGAAAGAUACAAAUUCUUUGAAUGUUAUCAAAAUAAUAUUAACAAUGGUGCUAAAGAUAAUGGUGAAUUAAAUGGUGUUGGUGGUGGUAAAGAAAAUGGUUUUGGUAAAACUUUAAAAGAAAUGACUCCACCUCGAAGUGAAAAUGAUAAUGGUGACGAUACCCUUGAUAGUACCGGUGUUAGUGGUGGUAAUGGUGGACCAAGGGUUGAAAUUUUACCAAAUGCCAAUAUUGUCAUCGCAAAUAAUGAUAUUGACUCUGAAAUUCCAAAAAUUGAUACAACCUCUAAAAUGUUGAAUAAAUUUAAACAAUUGGAGAAUCAAAUGAACCAAGAAAACACCAUCUCAUCAAAGAAACCCAUCGGAGGCACACCUAAACCACUCAAACGUAUAACCCCACCAAGAGAGUUCACCAAGGAUGUUAUUGAAAAUGAACCUCAAGUUGAGCGAGAUCCUAAUAUUGUAAAAUCGAGCUACAAAACUGAAGAUGUGAUUCCAGUUGAACCUAAAUUGGCACGAAGUUUAACCGCUAAAUUUGAGAACUGGUCUCAGGUUGAAGAAAAGGAAAACAAACGAAAUUCAAUAAUUAACGUAGAAGAAGACGCUUUACCAGCAUUGGGAAUAACUAAGAAUUUGGUUGCCAAAUUUGGAUCGAUUCGUGAUGACAGUCCAACCAAGCCAAUUGAAAAGACCAAACCUCGAGUCAAUCGAUUUGUGAAUGAAGCCAACGUAAGUGAAGAUUGUUCCGUCUGUGGAAAGCGUUUAUACCCCAUGGAAAAGGUUGAAUUCAAUGAGAUGAAAUUGCAUAAGAAUUGUUUCAAAUGUAGUCACUGUUUCUCAUCAUUAAGAUUGGAAAAUUAUACUUUAGCUGCAGGUAAAUUUUACUGUAUCGUCCAUUUCAAGCAACUCUUCAUGUCUAAAGGAAACUAUGAUGAAGGAUUUGGUGUUGAGCAGCACAAAGAAAAAUGGAGGAAUCGAGCCAAUGCUUCACCCACCAUUUCUUCAAGAAACGAUUCACCCAACUCGGAAUUAGAUUAUGAUGAUGGUGAAUCUAAUGAUAAUGGAAUCACUAAAGAAAGAAGUCAUUUUGAUCAAGUUGUUGUCUAAAUUUGAUUCCAGAUUAUUAUUACUAUUACUUUCAUCUUUAAAGUCAUUAAAUCACCUAAUCAUUACUAUCAAUGAUUUAAACAACCACUACACACACACACACACAAACACAAUUACCACAUGAAAAGCUCUCUCUCUCUCUCUUUCUCUCCCUCCGCCCGAUUUACCACCUUGUUCCGUUUCCUCUUGACUUAUCAUAUUAUUGUUUCUGAAAACUCUUAUGUUUAAAUUGACUUUAAUUGUCGUUGGACUUUUAAAUUCUUGACCUGAUGUUUCUCUCUCCAUAUUGGAAGAUGAAUCUCUCCAUUGUGAUCCCUCUCCAUCUCUCCAUCUCUCCCUUUCUCUUCUUGAUUAUUAUUAUUAUUAUUCUUUAUCUCCAUCAUUAUCAUCAUAAUCAAUUGUUAUUACUGAAAGGGUAACUCUUUUAACAUUGGUCGUUGUGGAUCCUGUUGAUACUCAUUUAAUUUGUGCAGAAGGAGAAAGAAAAUUAAUCAAUGAUGCUUUCAAUAGUAAUUAACGACUUUUCCGAUAACAAUUUUGUUGAUAACCAGCAAUAAUCAUGUUGACAAUUAGUCGAAACAUAUUUUUUGGUUAACAGCUGAUAAGUUAUAAUUAUCGCAACUGUAAAUUGUUUCUUAUUUUUAAUAUUUGACUAAGGGAGAGUCUCCAACGAAUUGGAUUAGAUUGUAAUCUUAUUGUCAAUCUCUCUUUCUCCUUAUUUUUUCUCCAUCUUCUCAAUCAUUCCUUUAAUAAUUAUAAUAUUCUUCCUCUCUCUCUAUUAUAAUUAAUCUUUAACUCUUUCUUUAUUAUAAUCACAUCAUUAUUUUAUAAUCAAUUAAUUAUCUUUGAAAACAACAAAAAUCCCUUUUCAAUAGUUGGAAUCUAAUCGAUUCACUUUUCUUAACAACUUGUAACCCUUUGAUAUUUCAAAUAAGAUUUAAUGAUUUUUGUAUUGACAAUUAAAUUUGAAGAAACAAAAUGAUUAAAAAAAAUUAAACUCUAA